AUGCCUCCCUACCAGAUCUCCGGUCCUGUCAACUGCGAUAUUGACUUUAGUACAGAGCAAUUGGUCGGAAAAACUGCAAUCAUUACUGGAGGAGCCAGUGGGUCCAAGUUUGUUCAGUGUGAUGCAACCAAGUGGGAAGAUCAAGUUCGUCUUUUCAAGGAAGCAGAGCAAUCUUCACCCUCUGGGAAGGUUAGCUAUGUGAUAGCCAAUGCUGGUAUUACGAAAGCUGACCAAACCUUUACGUUCGAUGGGCUGGGAAAGGAACCCCAGAAGCCAGACUUGCAGAUCAUUGAUGUGAAUCUCAAAGGCUCACUCUACACGGCAAAGCUGGCGAUGUACUACUUUGUAUCGCAGAAUGGGACUGAGUCACACAAAGACCAAGAAGAUACAUGCUUGAUCCUCGUCAGCUCUGGUGCUGGUUUUGUUGAUGUCCCUAGAACUCUAGAGUAUAGCAGCACAAAGUGGGCAGUCCGUGGAAUUAUGCAUGCAUUACGAAGAACGGCGUUUUACUACGGCAGCCGUGUGAAUGUCAUUGUACCUUGGUAUAUCCGGACUAGUAUCCUGUCAAAGGAGCAGUCUAACGAAGUGGGAAGUUCAGGCGUGGAGCUUGCAACCUGCGAAGAUGCGGGUGAAUGUGCCUUGCAGAUCCUGAGUGAUUCAAGUAUUAACGGGCGAGCUCUAUUUGUUUGUGCACGCAAAUGGGCUCCGCGCGGUUACAUUGACCUUGGCGUUGAGGAUUAUCCUGAUAGCUCGUUGCUGCAGGAGAUCCAAGAGGACCAGAUGAGAAAUGCACCGGUCGAGUUGGGGUUGUUUCUCUAG